CCGAGUAGGAAUCAUUCGCUCGCGCAAUAAAAGGAGGCGAGGAUAAUCCAUAAUUGUAGCGUGUGAUAGUCGAACCCCAAUCCCCAAUCCCCAAUCCCCAAUCCCUAAUCAAUCUCCGCGACGCGAUGGAGAUAUCCGGCGCCGUCGUGAUCCGGCGAUCGCCGAUCGUCUCCGGCGCCGGGAUCCGGCGUGGAUUGGCCGAUCCUUCUCUAUUCUCCGGCCGCACGGUAGCCGGAAGCGGGAGGCGGCUUAGGGUUCCGGCGAGGAGGCCGAGCGGAAGCAGUGGAGGGUUCUUCGACGAGGGGCACCUCAAGUACUACGUGUCUCCGGCGAGGUGCGGGGAGAGGAAGAAGGAGGAGAAGAAGAGGGCGAAGCUCGUGAAGGGACUUAGGAAGGAUCUCGCCGCGCUUCAUUCCAUGGGUUUCGGUGUUGGGAUCGAAGAGGCAGUCGCCGGGGCCGGGGAGGUUAAGAGCAAGAUGAUCUCGGAAGCAGCAGAGUUGUUGCUGACUCAGCUGAACCAGAUGAGAGCCCAAGAGAAGGAGAUGAAGAAGAAGAGGAAAGAAGAGAAGAAGGCUGCAAUGAAAUCCACAAAGAUGAAAGGUUGCGCUGAUGAUGACGACUCCUCGUGUUCUUCCUCUGAAUCAAGCGACAGCGAGUGUGAAGAAACUGUCAGCAUGAGCACGUGUAAAACUGCUUCUGCUAUAGUACCUCAUCCACAAUCCGUGGUCACGGUGGUUCCAACUGUGAAUUCUCUGUGUAAUGCACAACCUCAAACUAAACCGAUAACAUCAAAACAUGCCCUGGAAUGCUGUGGUGAGAGCAAUGUGGCGGUCGAGAAGCCUAUUGAUAGUAAGAUUGAGGUCUGCAUGGGAGGAAAGUGCAAACGAUCGGGGGCGUUGGAGUUGAUGAAGGAAUUUGAGAGAGAGGUCGGUAUCGAAGGUGCGGUUGUUGGAUGCAAGUGUAUGGGCAAGUGCAAAGAUGGACCAAAUGUUCGAGUUUUGAAUCACAAUGCAGAAGUGGGCUCCCUGAAGGUCUCGAAGAAUCCUCUCUGUAUUGGUGUUGGUCUUGAGGAUGUAGGUACUAUAGUUGCCAAUUUCUUUUCAGAGAAGGAUGUCGGCCUCAUGACAGCGUAGGUAUGAUCUUGGUUUAUAUAGUAGUCGUAUAGCUAGCAUGUUCGUACACCGAAUGAGAGUUCUAAUACCAUGAUCUACUUGCCUUUUAAAUGGACUGUAAGGGUAAUGGUUUAGAAUGAUUAUGGCUAGAGAUAAAUUCAACCUGGAUCUGUAUUGUGGCUUCCAAGUUUCUCUUCUUUUUUUUGUUUUAAGAAAUGUUUGUAAAUGGUUCUUUUCUAAAGCUUUCUGUGCUCUUAUUCGUGCUAAGUUGUAUGAGGUUCUAUUUGCAUAUGGUAAAGGUGAUGUUUCAGCUCUCCGACAA